AUGGGACUUACCGGCAAAGUGUCUCUUGCGAGGCCUCGAGAUGACCCUGGUAAAGCGUGGCCUGCCAUCGCCGUCGGAUUCUUCGUAGCCUUUGGCGGUGUUCUCUUUGGCUAUGACACUGGCACCAUCGGCGGUAUCUUGGCUAUGCCUUACUGGCAGCGCGAAUUCAGCACUGGUUAUGUUGAUGCUAAAGGAAACCCCAACAUCACUUCGUCUCAAGAAUCAGCCAUCGUGUCUAUUCUCUCUGCAGGUACCUUUUUCGGUGCCCUUGCCUCGCCUCUCUUAUCUGACUGGCUUGGUCGUCGCCCUGGUUUGAUGAUCUCGACUUGGGUCUUCAACCUUGGAGUUGUUUUGCACACUGUCGCGACCGACAUUCCGCUGUUUCUGGCAGGUCGCUUCUUUGCUGGCUUCGGUGUUGGUCUUAUCCAGACCUGCGUAUUUGGAUAUGAUAUAUCGAUAUCAACUGUGCUAUCUGGAUAUAUCGAUACUGAUAUAUAUCGAUAUCGAUAUAACUCUCUGCCUCUUAAAUGGAUAUCCAGAAUGAUAUCCACCUAA